AAAUAUCUUUACUGCGAGACGUCAAUAUGGAAGCGGCCAUGAAGUCCGUUCGCGCUCCAAAUAAAAAUAUCAGAAUCACGAAAUGGAAAGUAAAACCUGGACACAAAGUCAAUCAAGGAGCAAUAUUGUGUAUUUAUGAAACUGAUGAUGCAAAAGGUCUGAAGAUAAAAGCCAAUGAAGUUGGCACAAUCUGUGAAAUCAUGGGUCAGGAAGGUGACAGAAAACCACCAGGGUCUGUUCUAGUGACAAUCGAACCUUGUAGGCAUCCUACAGUAAUGAAAGAUAUGUGUGCCGAGUGUGGAGCUGACCUCCGAGAAGAGGCAGGGAUGGCAGGAGAAAGAAAGGAACCAGUAACAGCCACAGUUGCCAUGGUUCACAGCAUUCCUGAGCUGAUUAUCAGUGAAGAGCAAGCAAAAGAAAUUGGUAGAGAAGACGAAAACAGAUUAUUAAAAACAAAGAAACUGGUUCUUUUAGUUGACCUUGAUCAAACCCUGAUACAUACAACUAAUGACAACAUUCCAGCAAAUCUGAAGGGAGUAUUUCAUUACCAAUUACGGCAUGGUAAUGGAAAGAUGUGGUAUCAUACAAGAAUAAGGCCUGGGACUCAACACUUUUUGGAAACAGUAUCUAAGAUGUAUGAGUUGCACAUAUGUACUUUUGGUGUAAGAAUGUAUGCACACACCAUAGCCAGGUUUCUGGACCCAGAAGAAAAGUACUUCUCUCACAGGAUACUAUCCAGAGACGAAUGCUUUAAUCCUAAUUCUAAAACUGCUAAUUUGAAAGCUUUGUUUCCAUGUGGAGAUAAGAUGGUUUGUAUAAUAGAUGAUAGAGAAGAUGUUUGGAACUUUGCCCCAAAUUUGAUCCAUGUCAAACCAUACAGAUUCUUUCAAGGAACUGCAGAUAUUAAUGCACCCCCUGGACUUACAAAAACUGAACAUGACCAGGAACCAGUUCAUCAUAGGGUCAGAAGAGUUUCCAGGUCAAAAUCCAUUGAAAAAGAAGAUGACAUUGAAGCUGAUGAUUCAGUGGAAAAGGGAGAUAAUCUACAAACAAAAAAUGAUAAAGAAACUGAAAAGUCAUGUGUUAAGGAGGAUAAUAAGACUGCUAACAGUGCAAAAGAAGAUAAAAAUGAAACCAUUCCAUCUGAAACAUCAGACAUCACAGAAACUAAUGAAAUUAAUCAAAAAGGUGUAAAUACAAAAUCAGGAAGUGAUAAUGAAAACAACAAUAAAAAUCUAAAAACCCAACAACGAAAAACUGAAAAUGAAAUUGACAAUUCUGAACCUAAGGUCAGUAAUGAUAUAAAACAAACGGAAAAAAGUGAAAAGUGUAAUGAAGCAGUAUCUUCUUCUGUUGUAACAGAAAUGGAAACAAAUCCAAAAGCUUUAGAUCAAAAUCUGGAAGCAGACAAUAAAACAUCUGACAUUGAAAAAGAAAUUGAAAAUCCUGACAAAACAGAAUUUGAAGGUAAAAAUUCUUCAGUGAAAUCAAUGGACACAGAUAAAUCAGAAAGUUCUAAUCCAGAUGAUUCAAAAAGGGACAAGGAAAGUAUGGACAAUUUACAAGAAGAAGAUGUUGAAAUUGAAUGGGAUGACGAGGAUGACUAUUUGUUAUAUCUGGAGGAAAUCCUGACGAGAAUUCACAAAACAUUCUUUGAUUUUAAUGAUCAGUUAAAGUCAAAGAAUGACACAGAAGAUGUACCUGAUCUAAAAAACAUUAUAAGUUACAUUAAAAUAAAAGUUCUCAAUGGAGUAAAUAUUGUGUUCAGUGGUGUUUUCCCAACAAAUAUGCCUCCUGAAAAAAGCAGAGCUUAUUUAGUAGCGAAAGCAUUGGGAGCAAACAUUCAUACAAAUAUCAUUCCUAACGAUGGAGUUGAUAAAGGUGUGGCAACUACACAUCUUGUAGCAGCAAAACUGGGAACAAACAAAGUCAGAAUGGCUCUCAAAUGUAAAAGUGUGAAAAUAGUCAAUUCAAAUUGGUUGUGGAGUUGUGCUGAACGGUAUGAACAUGUUGAUGAAAGACUUUUCCCAUUAGAUAAAGAAACAUCUAAGGAAACAAGAGACAGUCCUGAUGUGUCUUAUGAAAAAAGUAGAAAGAGAAAAUCUGACCCAGAUGAUCUUUCUGAAACAUCAAAUUUAGAGAAACGUCUUAAAACUGGUGAAAAUCAAGUUUCAACUGCUGAGUCUCAAACAGAAGCUUCAACAUCACAACAGAAAAUUAAAAGAAAGGAUACAGAAAUGACUGAAAAUCAAAAUCCAACAUUUUCAAGAACUUAUAAUCCAUUGUUGGCAUUUUCAGAUGAUGAUCUUGCAUGUAUGGAUAAAGAAGUGGAGGAAAUUAUGGAUGACGAUCCUGACAAUAACUCGUCUGAAGAUGAUGACGAGAGAGAUUCUAGAAUGCGGCUGCAUGUACUUAGUAGUGGAGAAAACGAUUCUUCUUCUCAAGAUAGUCUCUCUGCUGAUUUACCUAGAGGAUGGAAAACAAAAGAUAGAUCUGCAUCAAGUGACAGUCCUGUUGCCUCUGAUCAUGAUGAACCUCAUGACAUUGAAAGUGAAAAUGACCUUGAACAUUUUGAGAAGACAGUAGAUGCGUUUGCACCUGAUACUGACUCUGAUGAUAAUGAAUCCAUAGGAUCUAUGGAUGAUGAAAUGGCAGCUGCAAUUGAAAAAGAAUUCCUAGAAUUAUGACAUUUUAAUGUACAGAAAAUGUCAGAAAAUUCAAAUCUGAAGUCAUGUCAUCAUUUCUUAAAUGAUUAAAUCUUGAUUGAU